UUAAAUGUCAAAUACAUGUGCGAUCAAUACUUGUUACAUGUUUUAAAAAUAAUGCUUCUAGUCUAAAGAAAAUAACUUAAAAAUGGCUAAAAGAAAGUACGAUGGUGAAUCACAGGACAAUAGAAAGAGAAGAAAAAGUGACGGUAAUUCGGAGCAUUCCGAAAACAACGAUGUGCUUACCGGACAACCCCAAAAUGAUGUUGAUUUGGAAAAUGAUAAGCCAAAAACAUACAAACCGAAUUUAUUUGACAUAAAACAUUUUCGAAAGGAGCUAACAGCGAAGCAAGGUCUAACGAUGGCACUAAACCAGUUUCUGCAAGUGUGCCUGCAACCAGAUAGUGAUGUGGAUUAUUUGUUAGAAUAUUUGAACCUUGGUGGAAACUCUCAUGAGAUCUUGAGACAAAUAUCUCAAGACAAUAAGAAAAACCUCACAUUAGCGACACCAGCAUUUCACAUAUUCCAUUUAAUCAUACUGAAAGUGCAAUCUUCUCUUCCUCACAUGAUUGCAAUAACAGAGGAAGCUUGUCGUUAUUUCCUUAACACAUUUAUACCAACAGUUGAAAUAAUGAUAAGCGAAAAUGCAGGCCCACGGCACAGGAAGAUUAUUCUCAACCUUUUGACAUCAAUGGUGACAUUAAACGCAGAUAUAGGAGUAGAAGUCCUCAAUCAAGUUCCAUUAACACCUAAAGGUUUGCAAUAUAUAAUUGAAAAGCCAAAUUAUAAAGAAAAAGACAAUGUUAGAACAGCAUUUGUCCAUUUCAUGACGUCAUUUCUUGUUGAUGGACAUUUACCUCUCAUUAAAGCUUUGCUUGAAAAGCAAGGCCUGCUAUCUUUAGUCAUACCUGGUUUAAUCCACGAUGAGGGAAGUGCUGUUUUGAUGUUCCUAAACACUCUUAAAAAGAAUGUCAUUGAAAACCCUUUGAUUUCCAAAACAUUGAAACUAAGAACUUUCAGCCACCAAGUAUUACACAAUAUGUUUAAAUUAUUUACAUGGAAAGGACCACCUGCGUCUGAACAAUCAUCUGAAGCUAAAGAAGAUAUAAAGACUUUACUAUCAGACAUAAUACUUACUUUAUUUACUUCUCACAAGGUUGGAAUAUAUUUUCUAGAUAAUUCUUUAGGUACAAGUGAUGCUAACAAAAAUCAGAAUCUAUUUAAGGCUCUGCAAACCUUAAAAAGGCCUUGGGAUAAUGAAAAUGAAUGUGAAACUGUUCUUGAAAUUGUUUAUAGAUGCCCUGAUCUUCAUAGAGCACUUAUUAAUGUUAUUGAACAGAGCUUUCAACCUCAACACUCACCUAUGUGGAAAAGUGUUGUUGAAUUUGUUGUGAAGCUAUUAGAUAAAUUAAAACCUGAAAAUAUGAUUGCAAAGUUGACUGAUCUUGAUCCUGUGAACACCGCAAAUCUGAUUCGAUUUAUAACAAUGCCUGUAUCAUUAUUGAAACAAAUUAAAACAGGAAUUGAAAUGGACCAAACAGUCUCAUUGUACUGCAUAAAAUUGCUAGUCAAAAUGUUGCAAACUUUAAAAAGAUAUAUGGAAUUACUGGAGCUAGAAGAUACACCUGCGAGGAUUAGGGAGCUGAAGAAAAAAAUUAAAUAUUUUCUACCGAAACAUAUGCCCUCUCAAAAUGCUAUCGUCUUACUGAUACAUCAAGUUAUACAAAAUAACAAUAUUCCAGCUAGUGAAACACCAAACGGUUAUAGAUUACCCAAACCAUCCAAUUCUGAUUCAUUACUGUCACUUUUAGAAAUACUGCUCUUAAAUAACUAUAUUUACCCAUCAUCCUUUGAAACCCUUAGUGGGACAUUUGAUGUAAAAAAGAUUCUUGAUUUCUGUAUGAAGUAUGGCAGUAUGCCUUUAAAAUAUAAGGCAGUAUCGUUAUGUCAAAUGAUGUACACGUCUACAUUAUUGAUUAACAGACCAAUGUUUAAGAGCCUAUUUCUUAUGAUCCUUGAAGUCUAUACUAGCGAAGAAGAUGACACGUGGAUAGAAGCCAAAGAUAUACUGCAGUUGUUCUUUAAAAGUACUAAUAUUUUUGAAAAUGAUGAAGAUGAAAUACACUUAUUAUUAUAUGCAUUGAGAAAUUGUAAAUUCACCUCUAUAUCAUUAAUAGUGGAAAUUGUAGAAUUUAUUUUAAAUAAUGCCGGUGAUUUAUCAGAAUUGAUACAAUCUGAAGGCUCACAAUCGAGUUUGGACGCAUUAUUCAAUGAUUUAAUGCACAAUAAAACUGAAGUAGGCAGCGCGUUUCUGGCGAAGAAAAUACCUUCCACAUUUAUAAUUGGUUGUAUACAUUAUAUUUACACUAACAAAGAUGCCAAGAAGAACAUGAAAUCGUUCUUGAAUCUCUAUGUAACAAACUUGCUGCACUCGAAUUAUUCCCCAGAAAUUACAGAAGAUUUUAUAGGUGACUAUAAAAUAGAUACGAGGAGCUAUAUCGCCGAUUGGACUGUUAAACCUGUGGCGAUAACUGAAGGUACAACAACAGAUAAAACUUUACAAAAUAUUUCAAAAUCUAUAAUCGAUAAUGAAGAUAUACCAUUAACAGCAAUGUUUCCUUUAAUAGAAUCAACAGAAGAUAUUGAUUUGAAAAUAAUUGAUGACACUUAUAAAAUUGAUCCAGCAGCCGUCAUAAUCAGCACCAAUUUAUUUGUUUGGGCAAAAUAUCUAAUAUUCUGCGUAGUGAGAUUAACUGACAUGAGUCUCUUUUCAAUUCAACAGCAAAAGAAAGUUGUGAUUUAUUUUAAAACGAUCAUUGCAUUAGGCAAGAAGCAUCACAUGUUAAAUGUGUGCAGGGAUAUUAUCCAGAAUUUGCUUAGAAAUGCUCACGUUCUGAAUAUAUAUCAACCCAUUCAUAUCAGUAAAUAUCCAUCAAAAGUAUUGGCAACAGAAUUUUUGUUGCAAGUCAUCGAUCAGACACAGGAUAUCGUAAAUUAUCUUAAUAAAAAGAAUUACAUUCUAAGGUCAUAUCAGGAGAAGACAUUUAAGGAAAUAACAAAAGCUCUAAUCAAAAUUAACAAAAGGAAGGACAUAAACUGUCAACAUCAUUUGGUUGUAGUGCUCGAUGUAAUAGGGUUAUCUGCAGACGACGAUUUGGUAAUAUUUGAAAGGAUAUUGGACACUAAUAUUGAAAUAUUGUGUUCUAAAGACAGUGAACCGUCUUUGGUUUUUGAGUUGCUCGGAGUACUAAUUGAGAAGUAUUCUAAAUCUACAACAUCGGAAAUUUUAAAUGAUACACUAAAAAAAGUCAUGAAUUUGUAUUUUGCUCUACUCACACAUAAAGACGUAACUCCUAAUUUGACAAAUAUUGAAGAGCCUUUGGUAGAGUAUUUUGAAAAUAAGCCACACCAGGUGCUACAAGUAACCGAAGAGGAUUUUAAGAAUUUCUUUUACGCAAAUACCGUGAGAAAGUCAACAUCGCAACUUGCUUUUGUUUUGUUAAAGUAUAACAAUAAGCUUUGUAAUGAGUUUAAAAACGAGAUCGACAGGGCUGAAGUAUUAAGUCACAGAGAAAUAACAUUGCCUUUGGGUAACGCUCUCCUCAACCACGGCCAGUUUGUCCUAGAUAACAAAGAUAUUUUAAUAAAAAUUUAUGAAGAGUACAAACCUAACAUCAAGAAGUUUCUGGAGAGGCCACACAAGGUUGGGCAAGUAUAUGUGAAUUCUUCGAAAUUUCUCACCAAACUAGUAGUUGAAUGUAUGGAUUUACAAGAUUGCGAAAAAAUAUUUUCUAAAAGCCACAAGUUUGAAACUGUCGAAUUGAGUCACAUAGAACUGUACCAUGUUGUGUUUUUGAAAUUAUGCCUUUACGAUGAGCUGAAAAAAAAGGAAUAUUUGAUUAACUUCUUCUUGUCGAUACUGAAUUUAACUGUGAUGACCAUUAAAGAAAGCAAAAUGCAUAUAUUGGACAUUCUAUCGCAAUAUAUAAGCAAUGUUAUACAAAUAAUUAAAGGAAACAACGCUAUUCUGGAGAACAAAGAACACGAACUAAAACAGAUAACAGACAGUGGUAUUUGGCAGAAUUUUUGUAAAUGCGUACUCAAAGAUUCUUUGAAAGUGAGAACUCGGCAUAGUGACAAUGUCAUAGAAGCAAAACUAUUGUCGCUUUUAUCAAAUUUAGUGAAACUAUUUUAUCCGUCGGACCACGAAGAUAUUGUAAAUCUUUUUGAUAUGGUAACAUCCCACUCGGAGUUUUUAAACGUAAUGCUCAGCUACCAUAGCCCGGACAUAAAAUUGUAUCUCUUAGAGUUCCUUUUUGUCCUCAUCUCCAAAAACAAAUCUGUGAUGAAGACUCAGCAGAUUCCGGUGUACCUGAGCGCUUAUCACGCUACAAGGAAUCCUUGUGAUCAAUUGCUGUUAUCUAUACUCCAGUUUUACGAAGCCAAUGACCUGCCGGUGAACGAAUACAAGCCUUACAUAUGGGGUGAAUCCGCAGCCAAUCACUAUGCAGUCAGGAAAUCUAGAACAUCGAGUUUGUGGGCUCAUCCUACACCCAAUCAGGUUUUGAAUCUGUUCGAGAGAGAUAAAAUUCAAAAAACCGUCAAACUAUUUCCUGUUCAUCAGAAAUUGGACUACAGUCAUCAGGCAUCCAAUGCUUGUUUGAACGAAGUAUCAGUUAAAAACUUUUUGGAAAGAAUCAUGCGCAAUCGGAAGAUUAAAACCAACGAUAUGGAAGGAGCUAUAAAAACAUUGGUUUCGCGGGAUGAAUCUCGCCGAAUUUUGGCAAUUAUGAAAGAAGAAGACAUUGUAACUCAUUCUCACUUUGAGGAGGGUGACACAAUUUAUGAUCCCGCUUUCUUAUUUCCACUUUUGAGUCAUCUUCUGGCUCCUGGAUCGGUGGCGUCUUCGUUUAGGUUGCUGAGGUCUGGCCUCCUGUCCGUCCCAGUGAUGGGUCUGAGCUCGCACUGCCCGCUCAUGCGAGCCGCGGCGUACCACGUCCUGCAUCGGUUCCAUUUGCUGCUAGAAACUGAAACGCGACACAAAAAUGAUAAACUCCUACUCACGGAUUUCAUAUCGACGCUACGUCAGAGUUUAUCAACAGCGAUAAACACGCCUUCCGAAGGGGAAUUAAAGAACCCGAGACUUCCAGCAAUAGGAGCUUUGUAUUUAGCUCGCGCUCUCAUGGUGUGCACUUUGCCAACAGAGCCUCUGUACAAACCUGUGAACAACUUUUUGAUUGCGAAACGAUUCGUGGAUUUGACCGUUGUACCAGACUUCCUCAGUCUAUUCCACGACAGCGAAGUGGACGCGGUAAAAAGAAGACAAUGGAUCUUGGAUGUAAUAAAGGAUGGAACUAAAACUAUAGCCGACGUCAAUGUGGUCUUUAAAACCAUGUGCAUAAAGAUGCUAAUGGAUUUCUAUGACACGAUCAUUUCCGAUAGAAAGACCAAACUGAAAAUAUUAGGUGCACUCAAUUCUAUUAUCGCUAUACCGAGAGCGUGCGAAAUUUUAGUCGAGGGUCACGGAUUUAUGUCGUGGCUGCAUUUCGUAGUGCGAAGCACGGAAACCGGUUGUGCGGCCAUCUUAAAGGGUGUACUCGUUAUAAUAGAAAAUAUUAUUUACAGCACGACCUUUAAUCUGUUCGCGCGACAUUGCGGCAAAUUCUAUGCCGAGGGUAGUUUGAAAGCGGAGAGUCUGACAGAGUUUAAAAUUAAACACGACAUUGAAUAUGAAAUAUUAAGUAUAAUUUACGAUUUAUUGCCGCACGUUCAAGUCUUGGAUGUUGAAGAUGUAGUCGGUUACGUAAAGUUGUAUAAUUUAAUUACUCCAAGGUGCAUAAAGUUUAUGCGCAAGGCACAAAUAUUCGAUAUUGUGAACAAAUGCUGUGAGAAGAUUCAUAAAACGGAAAGUGCCAAAUUCGUACGCCAAGCGCUCUUGUCUAACAAAUGUGGAAUGUUAAAUAGUAAAACACUACGUAAGGAAAUUUUUACAAAUGAAGAUAGGUUAUGCAUGGAACUUAAAAAUUUAGUUCUGACUUAUACUGGUAAUAAUGCUUAAACUCUGUCAUAUUAGGUAAGGGACCUUGAGUAAUACGUAAGCAGAUUUUUUUGUAAUUAUUAAACCACCCCCUCGUCAGCAAAAGUAAGCAAAUCUCUUACCCCUUCUCCCCAUGCUUACUAAAACAUUGGUAGAAUGGAUUGAUUUAUGAGCAGCAGUUAUAAGAAAUAGGUUAGGAAUAGAUGACUGUAAUUCCCCUACUCAGUUCUAAGCGAGUGCGUAAACAUAUUCAUUAUUUGUAGGAAUCCCCAUAAAUGCAUUUAGUUUUAAAAAGUAAAUAAUUACAGCUGACGUAAUCACUAUCUAGACCCCCCCCCCCCUGUCAUUAAAAUAAGCAAAGCAAAGACCCCCUCACUCCUCUAUAGUGCCUACGCAAUAAGGCCCCUAGGUCACUAGCCAUACAAAAACAGACGUUUUUAAAUCUGAAUAUAAAAAAAGCUAUAAUA